GUCGGUGCGCGGUCCGCCGCUCCCUCGCCUCAGGUUCCCCAACGGUGCUGCGGCGUCCCCGCCCGGACCCUACCCCUGGCCCCGUGCCGUCCAGUCCCCCCAAGGUCGGGUCGGCGGCCGUGUAUGGGUGGGGAGUGGGGGCGGCGCACCUCUGAAAAGUUGCCAGGCUGACAGCAAAGAGCAAACUUCAUUUCCAUCCACCCCCGCGCCCGGUGCCCCGAUGCCCCCAAUGCUCCGAUGCUGCUGGACCUCCUGGGGCCGCUUGCGGUCCUGAGUUUGGAGAAAUGAUACAGGCCGGGCGAGGAUGCUGCCAGCGCCGGAGCUGGGGCGAGUGGACGUAAGCCUCCUCCUUGGGGCUGAUCUGGGCAGUAGCUUUACGACUGCAGAAAUCUGAGGACACAUCUUCAGUUGAUUUUAAAUUGUGCUUCUUGUUUCUCAGUUUCUGUUACUAUGGCAAUGACGGCAGGGACUACAACAGCCUUUCCUAUGAGCAACCAUACCCGAGAAAGAGUGACUGUAGCCAAGCUCACACUGGAGAAUUUUUACAGCAACCUAAUUUUACAGCAUGAAGAGAGAGAAACCAGGCAGAAGAAAUUAGAAGUGGCCAUGGAAGAAGAAGGAUUAGCAGAUGAAGAGAAAAAGUUACGCCGAUCACAACAUGCUCGCAAGGAAACGGAGUUCUUAAGGCUCAAGAGGACUAGGCUUGGCUUGGAUGACUUUGAGUCUCUGAAAGUUAUAGGAAGAGGAGCUUUUGGAGAGGUGAGGCUAGUGCAGAAGAAAGACACAGGCCAUGUCUAUGCAAUGAAGAUACUGAGAAAGGCUGAUAUGCUUGAAAAGGAGCAGGUGGCACAUAUUCGAGCAGAAAGAGAUAUUUUGGUAGAAGCAGAUGGUGCCUGGGUGGUGAAGAUGUUUUACAGUUUUCAGGAUAAGAGGAACCUUUAUCUAAUCAUGGAAUUUCUCCCUGGAGGUGACAUGAUGACCUUGUUAAUGAAGAAGGAUACCUUGACAGAAGAGGAAACGCAGUUCUACAUUUCAGAGACUGUUCUGGCCAUAGAUGCAAUCCACCAGUUGGGUUUCAUCCACCGGGAUAUUAAGCCAGACAACCUUUUAUUGGAUGCCAAGGGACAUGUAAAAUUAUCUGAUUUUGGUUUGUGCACGGGAUUGAAGAAGGCUCACAGAACUGAAUUUUACAGAAAUCUCACUCACAACCCACCGAGUGACUUCUCAUUUCAGAACAUGAACUCAAAGAGGAAAGCAGAAACCUGGAAGAAGAACAGAAGGCAGCUGGCAUAUUCCACAGUUGGGACACCAGAUUACAUCGCUCCAGAAGUCUUCAUGCAGACUGGAUACAACAAACUAUGUGACUGGUGGUCCCUGGGAGUGAUUAUGUACGAAAUGCUAAUAGGCUAUCCUCCUUUCUGCUCUGAAACUCCUCAGGAAACAUACAGAAAAGUGAUGAACUGGAAAGAAACUCUAGUAUUUCCUCCAGAAGUACCUAUUUCUGAGAAAGCCAAGGACUUAAUUCUCAGAUUUUGUAUUGAUUCUGAUAACAGAAUUGGGAAUAGUGGAGUAGAAGAAAUAAAAGGCCAUCCCUUUUUUGAAGGUGUAGACUGGGGGCACAUAAGGGAAAGGCCGGCGGCAAUCCCUAUAGAAAUCAAGAGCAUUGAUGAUACUUCAAAUUUUGAUGACUUCCCUGAGUCUGAUAUCUUACAGCCAGUGCCAAAUACUGCAGAACCAGACUACAAGUCCAAAGACUGGGUUUUUCUCAAUUACACCUACAAGAGGUUUGAAGGGUUGACUCAGCGUGGCUCCAUCCCCACUUACAUGAAGGCUGGGAAAUUGUGAGGGAGUUCCACCAUGCCCACAACCAUGAGCACUCAGGUAGCUGCACCCCGGGCCUGCUCAGUGCAGAUCUCCAGACCCUGAAGUCUCCUAAGGAUGGCAGUGCUCACUGGCGACAGAGGAAAUUCUGCAGGACUAGGGUUUCUAAGACUGGUACAGGAAUGGGUUGGCAGUGCCAGCUGGCUUUUUAAAAAAAUAUUUUAUUAUUUUUGUUAACUUUAUUAUACGAAGGUACUGGAAUAAAAGGAAUGUACAUCCCCAUCUGACUACCCUGCCUGCCUGCGUAGUGAGGUCCAUCCCGCCUGUGUGUGCUCUCACUUUGAACUGGGACUCAGGAGAGAUCUAAUGCAGCGUUGGCCAGCUGUAGGCAGCACUGCAGCACUGCUGUUUCUCUGCAGAUCUUAUGGGUCUGGAUGCAUCAGUAAAAGCCAUCUUCCACAGCUGGUGUUAGAACAUUUGCUCUAUUGGUUUGGACACCUGUAGAACAUAUCUGAAGACAAUUUCUGUAAUGCUUUUAAGAAAUACACUGGUUCCUUAAAAAUAGAAUUUAUCAUCAACUUACUACACAAACUGCACAAUAGGGAGUGAAAAGUUUCCAUUAAGGUUUUUACUUUGCAUUCAGAAAUACCGAUGAUAUACAUAGUCUAUGUACUCAUAGGGAGAUGUACUGUAUUACAUAAAACGUAAAGUUGCUUUGUGACAUGAGGACUUUUUUUUUUUAACAAGAAGACAUGGCAUUACUUUAAUUUGAUUAUGUUGAGUUGAAUUUCAGAAAUGACCAUGAAGGCUGCUUUUAGAACCUAGUAUAUUUUUAUUAAGCUAUUUUUUUAAAUGUCGAACUUCUGAUCAUGUAAAUGGAUUUGUAAGAACAAGAACUAUUUACUUUGGUUUUAUAGAAAGUUGUUAUAUAUCAUGCCUGGUUAGCUUUUCUUUCUUUUGCUGAGAAAGUUUCCUUUGAUAGUACUUGUAUUACUGUGCCAUUGUUUUCUUCUGCUCCAGAUGUACCAAAGAUCCUGGACAAAGUAGAUGCUCAUGGUGGGGUGGGGUUGUACUUCCCUGCGGGAAUGCUGUGUCCAGGCGGGACAGGUCUCUGGUGGAGACCCACCUGUCCGGCAGUGCUGUCAUGUGGCUGCAUCACUGGUCGGUGCCAAUGGAAUUAAGACAGCCCGUGCAGGCCAGGGGGGUGCCUAGGAGAUGGGGAAUCAUGUCAGCAUCGAAGUCUUUGGGUAUUUCCCCAAGAAAUUAUCUUUUCUUGCUCAACAUUUUAAUUCUAAAACAACUUUCCAGGAUGUGAACUUCGUAUGUUCCAGUUGAGGAAUUAUAAGUUUAUUGAAGAAUGGCCUCAUUUCUAUCUUAACUGUUUCUUAAUUGAUAGAAUUACAAUUGGUCUGUGAUCGAAACCUACAAUGAUGGUUAAUUUGUAACAGCGUCUCUCUAGGGGGAGGAUUACCUAGGAACAUGGUGCAGAGCUUCAGAGCUGUUAUAAACGCUGCACUGGGUAAUGCCACAGUGUAUCAGUGAGGCCACAGGGCGACCUUUCCUUUUGAUUGCUUCAAGUAUUUGUUGAGUCCUUAUUUUGUUCAUCUACUGGCUCAUCUCUAUUUUCCUAGUCUGGAUCAUGUGGCUGUGUAUUUAGAAGGAGCUAGGAAAACUCUGGGGUUAUCUCAGUUUGACUAACCUUAACUACCUUUUAUUAAAAAAAGAAAAAAAUCUUUAAUGCCUGCUGGGGUUUAUGAGAUUUUCUUGCUCCAGCUCAUCCCGUUUAAAGGGAUUUUAAUUAGUAGAGGUUCCUGGCUAUUGGACACAUUCAAAAUGAGUGUUUUAUGUAAAUUUACUUUCUCUUUUAAAAGAGGACUGCUUUGCUAGUGUGACAAUGAACAGGUAAGAUAUGAAGAAAUUGCAACACCCUCUGGUUCAAGUGCAAUAGCUAUCCUGGUACAGAAAGUAUCGCUAAUUCAGGUGGACUGAGAGUAUUUGAGAUUAGUGCACAGGAGCUGAAUUACCCAAGUUUACCUUUUAAUUGCAUAGAAAUGGGGCAUUUUAGUUUCAUUUCCCUCAUUAUUAUCAGAAAUGGGAAAUGGAUAUGAUUUCUUGGCAGUGAGAGGGACAUUGUGGAAAGUUUGUUUAGUCUGUUUCUUCUUUGGAGUUAGAGUGAUCCACAUCUUCAGGAUUUUUCCUCAUCAAAAGCAUUUCUUAAGUGCCUAUCUAAAAGCAGUGAAAGACUGUGUCUGCCCUUUGGAAGCUAAGAUUUGAUUCUUGAUGCACAUUAACUAGAUGAUUUGCAGAGGAACCUUGAGGUUUACUUUUCUCUAUUAUACAUUUCCCAUAUUUCAGGUGAAUAAUUUAAAUGAUAAAACCCUGUCUAAUCAACUGGGCAUAUUGACAUUUUCUUUAAAUUAGACUCUAUUUUGAAUUUUAAAAGUUUUAAUAUAAACAAUGUGGGGUUUUUUUCUAAGUAUGUAGAAAGCUUGUAAAAUUCAGAUUCAUUGGUUUCCUGAUUUAAUGUAGACUGACUUUUUUAUUAAAAUCUUUUAUAUUAAAGCAAAUUAUAUUUUCUUUUAUGCAUUUAUUACCAUAGCUUUAAAUCUUUAAAUGUAUUAAAGCAUUGUGCUCUCUGGAAAUAUAGAAUUGCUUUUUUUUGGUACCAGGGAUCGAACUCAGGACCUUGCGCUUGCGAGGCAGGUGGUGGAACCACUGAGUUAAACCCCCAGCCCAUACAGAAUUGCUUUUUAGCCAGCCACUUCUAAAUGAAAUAUAUAGCUGAUCUAAUAAGCUAGUUAGUUUAAUGGAAAAAUACCAAAUAGGGAAUAUCAAAAGUGUUCUUUCCUGAAGCUUAAGAUAGGGUUUCAUUUAUUUCCUUAACAGCGUACUUUUUUGUUUUUCAAACCCUUUCAUAUCUUUGUAUAAAACUGUAAAUUUUAAAAUCUUUAAGUACAUUUACUUUUGGUGUUUUAGUGUACAAAACCUCUUUAGACAAUCAGUCUGUACUGGUAAAAGAAACACCCUCUAUCUUUUGAUGGUCUACAAGCACAUUAAUAAUUGAGAUUUUAAUCCAUAGAGAUCCCUCACUACUAGAAACAUUGUUAUUAAAAAUUCAGAACAUUCAAAAUGACUGAUACAACCAUCAUUAUUUGCUGUUUUAUUUAAAAUUUAUUUUCUCUUAGAAGUGCACUUAUUUCUGGAAAAUCUUAAUGAAACAAACAUUUAGAAUAAAUAUAAGACAGUUGGGACUAUUAAGAGAUAUUUCAGAUUUUUUAUGAUAAUGUGGGGAUAUUGCUGCUUUAAAGAAUAAAGUAAUAAAAAUACCUUAAUUAUUUUUUAAAAAGCAAUAUAAUCCAGCAGUUGUCUAGAAAAAUAAUCAUCAUGCUGUUGAAUCCAGCAUUUCCAAAAUUAUUUUGGUGGUAUGAGGGCUUUUUCAUUGUAGGUAAGACAAGAAUAAAAACUGUAUUUACAAAA